AUGGCUGGCAACUCUUGGACCGCUGAGGCCGAGAAGGCUCUCUUGAUCUGCAUUGUCACUACUGCCAACAGCGGUACUGGCACGAAGCCUGACUGGGCUAACGUCGCUCGCCGCAUGAACCGCCUCGGCUACAGCUACACCGUCGCGGCCCUCAGUCAGCGCUUUUCGAAGUCUCUGAUCAAGCCUUACAAUGAGCACCUCGAAGCGACCGCCGACAUGCCUGUCACCCCGGCUCUGGUUCCUUCUUCCCGCAAGCGUGCUGCCCCUGGCUCCGGCACUAGAGUAGCUAGAACCUCUAUUGCCGGUGGUUCUGGCGCGGUCCAGGCUGCCAACGAGAUGGCUUCUCUUGCGCUUUCGGCUGACGAUGGCGUUGAUGAUGUUGAGCCCGACAUGGAGGACUCCAAGAAGCGUGUCAAGAUUUCUCACGGAGGUCUUGUUGCUGGUCUUAACGGCCAGCAUAUUGAUCUCACCGGCAAUGACACUGAUGCCAAUAUGGAGAACGCCGCUUCUGCCUCUGGUCUCAACGGUCAGCCUGUUGACCUCACUGGUGACCUUGCCGGCGAUCAUCAGGUCGAGAUCAAGCUUGAGGGCAAUGGCAGCAUUCCCUCCUUCACUCGUGCUGCUCGCUCGCGCAGCUUGACCAUCUCCGAGGCCGCUGCCACCGAGGCCCGCUUCAAAACCAGAGGCAACUUCAACGCCGUCAGAAGCGACCCCAAGCCCGACCCGUCCGUCAAGACCUACGAGGAACUCGAGAAGCGUGUCUGGAUCGCCUGCGUGAAGGGUCGCCAGCAGCUCAUGGCGAUCAAUGCGCGCAAGGCAGCCGAGAAGGAGGAGGCUGCUGCUAAGGCUGCCGCUGAGGCUGCCGAGGCUGCGAACGCGAACGCGAUGGUCUUGGAUUAA